AUGAAGUGCUUAUUGCUGCUCUUUUUCGUCAUAACAGCAUGUGCUGGAGGCGUCCUCAAAGACCCUAUACAGGGUUACAAAGAAAGUGACAGACAUAUCCUCAUGGCAGGAGAUGGCGACGACUCACUUCACCUUGUUGAUACUGAGGAGCCAGCUGAUACUGAAUUUAUUGAAGAGUAUACUAGAAAUCCCGCUAACAAUGCGUAUUGGCUUUUUACCAGGUCUAACCCUACUUCACGUCAAGUCUUAGUGCAGGGAAAUUCAGGUUCGGUAACGAACUCGAACUUCCAUUUUGGAAAAACCACAGUAUUUCUUGCUCAUGGCUGGAAUGGCAACGGUGGAAACGAAAUGAAUAGAAUGCUCACUCAAGCAUUUUUACAGAACGGCGAUGUCAAUGUCAUAGUUCUCGAUUGGAAUCAAUUGGCAAACAGAGGUUAUACUACAGCCAAAGGAGGAACUGCUGAAGUAGGAAGAGGACUCGGUCGAUUUAUAGUCUGGCUCGUUGGAUUGGGAAUGUCCUACGAUAGAGUACACUUAGUAGGAUUCAGUCUUGGUGGUCACCUUGUUGGAAACGCAGGCAGAGAAACGGGCUCUAGAGUCAGGAGGAUCACAGCUUUGGAUCCCGCUGGUCCUCUUUGGGAUUCUGACCGCAACCGUAUAGUACGGACCGAUGGCCGUUACGUAGAAGUAAUUCACACAGAAACAACAAUGACUGGAUUUAGCGGUUUGUGUGGUGACGCUGAUUUUUAUCCUAAUGGAGGAUCAAACAUGCCUGGCUGCUUGGUCACUGCACUUUCAUGUUCUCAUGGUCGUGCCUACGAAUACAUGGCUAGCAGUGUAAGAUACAACCACCUCCUAGCUAACCAAUGUGGAAGUCUUAGUGACGCUACUCGUGAUAGAUGUACAGGUUCUCUUAACCCCAUGGGUAACAGCGAUCUCAAUAAAUCACGAGCUGGAAUAUUCAGAGUCAACACAGGCCGGAACUACCCAUACUGA